AUGACAUUCCAACCAGAUAGAAGAGAGGACGAGGAGUCUAGUCUGAUUCCUCCCACUUCACAGGAGCCAUCGGGCACAACAAUCACAGACUUUUUGCCUAUCCCUGAUGUCCAGCAAAUAACGGAUCCAGACCAAGAAUCAAAGGCCAACCACCUCACCGACGAGCCCACACUCUCGCACGCACUGGCAACUGACGACCACGAGGAAAAGGGUGCUGCUCAGAUGGACCAUGACCAUGAGGAUGUUGCCGAUCUCGGUUGGCACAAGAAGAAGGAUGGCAUGCCCGAUCCUUUGGUCGGCGGGCUUGACAAUGAGGAGCUGUGGCUGCUGAUGAGACGUUUCAAUAAGCAGAUGUACCACGUCAAGGAGGUCCCGAAUGCCGUUCCCGGAAAUCUCGACCUCAACAUCUCUGAUGAUGAGGAGUUCUCACCAGACAAACUGCGAGCAAACAUUGAGCGACUGUACAUGACGGUCAUAAUCGGGUUGCUGGCGACAGUCAAGCACAUAGCGUGUCUUCGCUCGUGGCGUGAAACCAGGAGAACGACUGCGUUUUGCGCAGCCUACACGAUCGCCUGGGCUUUUGAUUUCGUCGUCCCUCUCAUUGUCGUUACUCUAAUUACGCUCAUUGUAUACCCGCCGUCUAGAAGCAUCUUGUUCCCGCCUGCUCCUAUUGCCUUGGUCGACAAUACAACCGGAGGUGUCCAGAAGCCAAAAGCUGGUGUACUUGGAAGUCAUGAUUCUGCCACGGGUGCUCCUGAAAAUCACAAGGGCGAAGCAGUCGAGCAGGAAGCCAGCAACUUCUUCAAUGGAAUCACUUCUGUUGUCCUAACUGGCGCCACCGGAAAACACCCGCAAGGCGAUCCCACCUCUGACGAGAACGAGCCUGGAGAUGGGGUGCCCGAUCCUUCUAGCAUUGCCGUCCAUGCAGCGGACGCAAAAGAUGUAGCCGCUGGAGGCAAACCAUCAGCUAAGCAUGACAAGACCAAGGUUCCCGUGGAGAACGCCAUGUGGACCAAGAUGCGUCCCGUGAUGCAUGGAAUCGCCGAUGUUUCAGACACCUGGGAGAGGUUCGGUAACGCGCUCUCGCCGACGACUCCCUUUCCCAGAGAUGUUUAUCGCCUCAGACUUGCAGCUCUCGUUGCGCCCCUACUUCUUGUCUCGUUCUUUGUCACGUCUUACAUGUUCAUGAAGGGCGUUACUUUUGGUGUUGGAUUUGGUUUCUUUGGCGAUCCCAUCAUCACUCGCGGAAUCGCGCUCCUUAAUCGCAAAUUCCCCCACUGGCAGAAGCUAUUGGAACUCCGUAACACAGUUCUCAAAGGCGUACCGACCAAUGCUCAGCUCACACUCACCCUUCUCCGCAUUGGCGAGGCAAACAAGGCUCCUCUCCCGCCGGCGCCACGCCUUCAGCAAGCCCCACCUGAAAAGCCAGCAGAUGUCACGGAUGCAGAAUUGCGUGCAACAGGCGCAGAGCCCCCUCUGAAUGCCACGGAAGAUGAACUGAACGAAGCCAUGCAACAUGACCCGUCUGUGCCACAUGAGACUGGAGGCGAAGACAUUGACGCGGCCAAGACACCAAAGCAUGGAAAGAAGGGCAGCAAGCUGCUUGGUUUCUUCAGAGGUACCGUCAAGGGGGCAGUCAAGACUUCAAUGGGUGCCGACAAGGUCAGGGCCAAGGCAGGCUCUCAUCAUGCCAAGGACCGAUUGGGAGCAGCACCUCGUCCAGACAUUAGUCUCUUGUCCGGGCCUGUCAACUUCAAGGCCCGUUUUAAUGGCAAGGAAGGCCACGUUUACAUAACAACAAAAGCCACUAUCCCGGCUGUUGCUUUCAGCACUGACAGCACAAUUGAAAAGAUUGGCACCGAGGACAGAGAAGAUUUGCAUCCAUUGUGGAGCAUUCCUGUCGCGGAUAUCAAAGAACUGAAAAAGACUGGCGGUUAUGGCUGGAAAGCCAAGCUUGUUGUUGGCUGGUCUCUGCGUAGAGAGGUAGCCGACGCAUUGGAAAUAAUAGACAGGACAGGACAAAUGUGGAAGGUUACCGCAUUGCCGCUGAGAGAUGAGCUGUUCAACAGGCUGAUUGCCAUGGGAGGACAGAAGUGGGAGGCUUGGUAA